AAUCAACCCCCUCAACGCAACCUAGCGGCAAUUUGUAAUAUAAACAAAAUGGCCACCUAAAUAAUUAUUUAAUCUGAGUUUCGCCGCCGAAAAACGUACACUAACAGAAUCAUGAACGCAGUAAAGAGUUGCGGAAUCUUCUUUUUAUAUUCAAUUUUAUUCUUACAGGUCUAUUCUUCGGAAAAUGAACCGAUGGUAGCCUUUACGUGCGAGGCCAAAAGGCCAGCCGUCUAUAAACUGGAUAAUGGCUGGAGAAAGGAUCGUACAGUUGGAUGUUUGAAGGAUGCAGUAGAAAUUCUAAGAUUUUGUAAAAAAUCUUUCCCCAAUUUGGCAAUUUUUAACGUGGUUGAAGCCAAAGAAGAAGAAAAGAUUGAUGUGUGGUGCAAAAGCGGAAAGAAAAAAUGUUUAGCUGAAAGGGUCACCAGACCUUUCAGGUGUCUCGGUAUGCAAAUAUACAAAUAAUUGUCUGACAAAAAAGGAGGGGGGGAUUUUAUCGACCCAUUUCUUAUAUUGGUUUUUAUUUCUUUUAUUCUUCUAGUUGGGCCAUUCCAAUCAGACGCUCUUCUUGUACCUGAUAAAUGCGCAUUCGAUCAUGAACACAACCCACAUAUAUGCGCAAAUAGCACUAGAUGGAAAAAGAUAGCCGAAACAAGAUGCCACCAACGAGAAAUGAUGUUCCACGAUCACGCGAUACUUCUCCCGUGCGGCUUAGAUGCCUUUAACGGCGUCGAAUUUGUUUGCUGCCCUAAAGCCGCUAAGACUGAUUUGAAUACUGGAGAAGAUAAGAAGGUUACCGAUGGAGAGAAAAAGAAGGAUUUAUAUCAAGUUUACCUCGAAGAUGACUCUCCCUCCGAAUUUCGUAACGAACAUGAAUAUUUUAUGAAAGCAAAGCAUGAUCUCGAGAAACAACAACACAAAAAGAUAGCCAAUAUGAUGAGGGACUGGACAAAUGAACGUCAAAGGGUCGAUAGUUUGAAGAAGACAAGAGGACAAGCUGAAAUUGACAAGCUUACUCAAGAGAUGACAGUUAAAUAUCAGAAAAUCUAUACCGAUUUAGAGAAAACGUACGCUGAAGAAAAGUCGACUUUCUUGAAGAAGCACGAAGUGCGAGUAGAAAGAAGAUUGGACGAAAAGAAACACGAAGCAAUGAAGGCUGUCUUAGCAGUUGUUGAUAAAAAGAAAGUCAAUUAUGAAGAGGUCAGAAAGUCCAUGGCCAAGUUCAUAAGAACGGAGAUGAAAGACCAGGAGCAUUAUAUUAAUAGAUGGAUCCAUUUACAAAGAACUGACAAACAAGCGGCCGAAAAAGUUCUAAAACUUUAUUUGGAUAAGAUUGAAAUGAGCAACGAAAGAAUAGAUCAAACUAGAUCUUUCGCCAUUGAUCAUCUGAAUACGGAUGAUGCGGAAGAAUUAAAACUUUUCUGCGAAGAGUUUAUUAAAGAGUACGCUGAUGUUGCCGAGGGAAGGCAGUGGAUGCUGGCAGCAACCCCACAACCAACGACAGAAAAACCAGUCGAAAAAGAAAUUAUAGAAAAUGUUCCAGACACCGACAAAAAAGAUGAUGAAGACCUUGACAAUAAUGAUGAUGAUGAUGAAUACGAUGACGAGGAUGAUGAAGAUUUUGACUUGGAUGACGAAGAAGAUGACGACGACGAUGAUGACGAAGAUCUUGAUGACGACGUCAAGACAAACGAUGACGAUUUUGACGGGGAUGACGAUGACGAAUUUGAUUAUGAUGAUGAAGACGAUGAUGAAGACGAUGAAGGUGAUUUUAAACUAGUCGAUGGAGAUGCAGACAAAAAAGAAGAUGCCCCAGCCGAACGAUUAAACGGUUUAGAUGAUGGAGAUGACGACGAAGACGAUAACGAUAUCUUUGAAGAUACCCGCGAGAAAGAUGAUGAGUUCGGUCGCGACGACGACAAUGUGAGAAUGAACGAAGAAGAUAUAGGAGACAAGUACGUCGAUAAUAAAGAAAUUGAAAUGGAUAGGAUCUCGUCGGCUCAUGUGGCAAAAUUAUCUGCCCAUCAUCCAGAUCGCGUAGUAUUGGGUCGUGAUGUGGCAACAACCCAUAAUGCCUGGGUUAUCUGCGUUGUUGCAUUUGCUGGAGCAGCUAUGCUUGGCAUUAUUGUCGUGGCAGCUGUGAUGAAACACAAACGACAAAUGAAAAGACAACGAAUCGCUCGCGUUGAAGCGGAAUCUUGCGUUAUGGAUGUAGAAAAACGACAUUUGACCACAAUGCAAUGUAACGGAUAUGAAAAUCCGACUUAUAAAUACCUCGAAACAGGUACCCAAUAAGAAGAAAGGGUGAGAAGGAGGAGUAGAAGAAGUUAGAGGAAAAAUUCCAACAUUUCUUUUUUUUUUUUUUUACAACAAAGGAAUUUCUUUUCCCAUUAUGCUAAUCAAAUUCUAACAAAAAUCCAUUUAAAUCAAAAAUGAAUAUUUAUUUUAAAAAAGAUUGGAAAAAAAAAUCUAUUCAUUUUUUUCUUCCCAUUUACUAUAUGACGUGAAUUUGUUUGUUUUUUGGUAAUUUUAACACUAUAGAUGUCUGAUGUAAUGUGUAUAUAAUAAUAUAUAUAUAUACCUCAGACUCUUCUUUCUUUUCGUUUUUUUUGCACUUAAGAUUAAACCAAGAAAGAAAACAAACUAAAUUAAUCAAAACUGAGUUUUUUUUUUUAUAUCUUUGUUGCUUAUACUAUAUUUUUUUUCUUAUAUUUUGUUAUUAUUUUUUUCAAUAUAUCUUUCUCUCUUUCGACUGUUUUUUCUUUUCUAUUUUAUCUCUUUUUCAUUAAAGAGAUAAAAUAGGAAGAAAAUCUCUAAAAGGGAAAGAAAAACAUUAAUAUAAUAUAUAUAUAAAUUUAUAUAUAUAUAUAUAUAUAUAACUUACGUGUUGUUUGAAAAAGAGAAAACAAUCAAUUUAUAAUCAUUAAUAAUAAUUUUUCUUAGUAAAACAAAAAAAUGAAAAAGAAAGAAAAAUUCAAUAUAAUAAAAAACAAAUUUGAACAAAAUGCUUAAAUCCACUACUCACCCUCUCUCUCUCUCUCUCUCUUCCCCUUUCCACAUCAGAAUAUAAAUCUCUACCACCCAAGCCCCCCCCCCCCCCAAUUCAAA